UGAUGUCAGCGCGAGUGCGUCGAUUAAAGGCGGCAUGGGCUCAGUUAUCCACGGAGAGUCUGAUCGGACUGACUUACAAUGGCCCCGAAAGAGCUGACUUCGUUUGGCUCUAGUGUGUUACUGAAGUAUGCCAGCCACCGAAAUGGCGCUCCACCAGUCACGGGAGAAAGUUACAUGGAGAGCAGGCGGCAAGAUGACGGUGCUGAGGGAUUGUGGCGGGUACACGACGGCCUCUACGACCUCACCGAGUUUAUUUCGCGGCAUCCCGGAGGUCAGAAUUGGCUUCGGAUCACUAAGGGGACGGACAUUACGGAGGCGUUUGAGAGUCACCACAUUGCGCAGACCGCUGCAGAUCUACUGCCGAAGUUCUUCAUCCGUUCAGCUAGCCGAAGCCAGCCCCGAAACUCACCAUACACCUUCCACGAGGAUGGAUUUUACAAGACGUUCAAGCGUCGGGCCGCCUAUGUCCUUAAAAUCACACCAGACAGUUCCUUUUCGCGCUGGUUUAACGACGGCUUGGUAGCAAGCUGCUUUCUUCUGCUGGUCAGUGCGGCAGCAACCAGUUCUUAUGUACUGGCCACGGUUGGGGCGUUUUGCAUAUCAAUCACGGCGAUCUGCUCGCACAACUUCACGCACAUGAGGGACAACUGGCGAAUGUACUAUCUCAGCUUGUGCUACUUGUCUUUGGAAGACUGGCGAAUAAGCCACAUCCUAUCCCACCACCAGUACCCAAACACGCAGCUGGACAUGGAGAUUAGCAUGCUGGAACCUCUACUGGAGUACUUCCCGACUAAAACAAAGAAGACUCUUUCCAUGCUGGGGGCAGCCGUUGCCUUCACAGUGUCUGCAUGCAUCAUGCUUCCAAGCAAGAUACCUUACAGAUUGACACACAUGCGAGUCGAGGACUUGUUGCCACUACUUUUCUUAACGGCUAUGGUAAUUCUGGGUGGUUCGUCAGUCCUCUCUGCAACCUUCAUGUGGAUAUACGUCUUGGUGGCGCACAGUUUCUUUUUCCACUACCUGGGCUUCACCGGCGCACACCACCAUCCGGAAAUAUUUCACGACGGAGACGCACCUAGACUCGACCGUGACUUCGGUCUCGGCCAGUUGGAUGCGACGCGAGAUCGGGCCGACUACGGCAGCAAUCCAGUGCUGGUGCUUAGCAGGUAUGGUGAUCAUGCUCUUCACCAUCUACUCCCAACAGUGGACCAUUGUCGUCUUCGAGCACUGUACCCAGUUUUUACCGAGACCCUCGCCGAGUUUGGUAUUCAGUACAGAUUCACUACAGCCUGGACGCUGUUUAAAGGAUCUUUCAAGCAACUGACCCGACGCGAACCUAACCAAUGUGCUCCUGGCAGUGUGAUAGACCUUAAGCAUUAAAGGGCAAUAAAGUUUACUCUUCAAACUA